UGGGUUUUUUAGCUUGAGGAAGAGAGACACGCUUAUAUGUUCAAUAAUGAUCUCUUCCAAACUGCUGCUCGUCUUCUUCGGUGUGGUGCUGCUCGUCAACUUUUCAAAUGCUGAAGAAAAUCAACUGGAUCCCAAGAAAAAGCAUCAAAUCAUCAAGCAUUUGCUUAAAUCUCAAAAGGACAUCCGAAAGGCCCUGCUGAGGAUUCGUCAACAAAUCAUCAACGAUGGACGACCCCUCACAGGCGGGGGUGAAGAUGGUUCCAGCGAGGAAAGCGCAGAAUACCACCGGGAGGAGCAGUGGGAAAUACAGCAUGUUAGGAGGAAAAUGGCCAAACGUGUGAAUGAAAUCGCUGUUAGCUUUGUUGAAAUCGCGGCGUUGAUUGAACAAAUCAAACGGAAAGUUGAGGAGGAAAUUCGGAAGUCAGGAGGUAGUGGUCCAUCGCUACCGGGAAAUCCAGAACCUAGUGAAAUAAUUUUGCGCCCAUGUUGUUGAACAUUGAAAUGAAUCUAUGUAAGCAGUUUCAAAUUAGACACAUAUUUUUUUCUUAAACUAUAGUAAAUAAAA